AUCCUAGGCCUCAAAAUAGAAGAAAUAUGCCCCAUGGCCCCAUUGUAAAUCAAGAAAACCCUAUAGAUGAUUUUGUUGAUGAUCUUGAUGUAAAUCUAGAUAGGGUAGGGAGAGAUAGGAGGGGACAACGAGGAAGAGUGGAAGAUGAUAACAUCAAUAGCAUAAAGAUGAAGAUGCCAACUUUCAAGGGCACAAGAGAUCCAGACUUGUACCUUGAUUGGGAGCGGAAAGUUGAAGCCAUUUUUGAUUGUCACAACUAUUCUGAAGCUAAGAAGGUAAAACUUGCCGUUGUUGAAUUUUCUGACUAUGCUUCUAUUUGGUGGAAAAAGCUUACAAGGGAUAGACAACAAGAUGGAGAACCACCCAUUGCUACUUGGGCUGAGAUGAAGAGAGUCAUGAAGAAGAGGUUCGUGCCUUCCCACUUUCAAAGAGACCUACAAAUGCGUCUUCGAAGAUUGGAGCAGGGAACCAUGACUGUUGAUGAAUACUUCAAAGCUAUGGAUAUGGCUAUGAUCCAAGCUAAUUGUGUAGAAGAUGAAGAGGCCACUAUGGCUAGAUUUCUUAAUGGUUUAAAUAAAGAAAUAGCUGAUGUAGUAGAGAUACAACAAUAUGUAACUUUAGAUGAGUUAGUGGAUAUGGCUGUAAAAUUAGAAAAGCAAAUUAAAAGAAAGCAGCAAGCUAGCUCAUGGAGGAGUCAGCCAAACACCAAUUCAAAGAAGCCAUGGCCGAAACAAGAUGUGACUUCUAGGCCUCAAGAAGGCAAGGGGAAGGCCAAAGUAGAUGAAAAGGAGGGAGGUAAAACUUUUAAUCCUAAAUCACCAAAACCUUCUAGUUCUAUUCAAUGUUACAAAUGUCAUGGAAGAGGGCAUAUGAUGCAUGAAUGUCCAAAUAGAAGAAAUAUUCUCAUGAAAGAAGAUGGAGAGUAUGAGAGUGAAAAAAGUGAGGUAGAGGAAGAAGAGGGAGGUGUGAGUGAAGAUGAUGUAGAGUUGCCUAAUAGUGGUUUUGUUGGGGUAGCUAGGAAGAUUCUUGAUGGAGAAAAUGAGAUCAAUAGUGAAGAACAAAGGGAAAAUAUAUUCCAUACUAGGUGUGGGAUAAGGGGGAGAACUUGUUCUAUGAUUAUUGACAGUGGUAGUUGUGCUAAUGUAGUGAGUUCACACUUGGUAGAUACGUUAGGACUCCAAUGGUUGAAUGAUAGUGGUGAACUGAAAGUCAACAAACAAUGCAUGAUUUCAUUCAAUGUUAGCAGGUAUGAGGAUGAUACUCUUUGUGAUGUCAUUCCUAUGCAAGCUUGUCAUAUCUUGCUUGGUCGUCCAUGGCAGUUCGAUAGGAAUACUUUUCAUGAUGGAAGGAAGAACAGAUAUUCACUUGAGCUUAAUGGCAAGAAGUAUACUCUUGCACCUUUAACACCUUCUCAGGUGUUUGAAGAUCAAAAGAGAUUGAGGGAAUCAAUGGGAAAACAAAGGGGACAGAAAAAAGAGAGUCUCUAUAUAAAAGCCAAAGAGUGUUUGAAUGCAAGAAAAGAGGGACAGCCCAUAAUACUACUUACUUACAAAGAAGUCUUGAUUAAUUCUGAGCUACUUACUUCUUCUUUGCCAAGUAGUGUUUUUUCUCUUUUGCAGGACUUUGAUGAUAUCUUUCCUGAAGAUAUUCCUAAAGGUCUUCCACCUUUGCGUGGAAUUGAACACCAAAUUGACUUUGUGCCUGGUGCACAGAUUCCAAAUAGGCCUGCUUAUAGGAGUAAUCCUGAAGAGACAAAGGAGUUGCAAAGGCAAAAAGAUGGAUCUUGGAGGAUGUGCGUGGAUUGUCGAGCUAUCAACAAGAUUACGGUAAAGUAUCGUCAUCCUAUUCCUCGUCUUGAUGACAUGUUGGAUCAAUUGCAUGGGUCCAAAAUCUUUUCUAAAAUUGAUCUAAAAAGUGGUUACCAUCAGAUUCGAAUGAAUCCUGGAGAUGAAUGGAAAACUGCUUUUAAGACCAAAUAUGGGCUUUAUGAGUGGUUAGUUAUGCCUUUUGGCUUGACUAAUGCACCCAGCACGUUCAUGAGAUUGAUGAAUCAUGUUUUUAAGGAUUUUCAUGGAAAGUUUGUGGUGGUUUAUUUUGAUGAUAUCUUGAUCUUUUCUAAAACUCUAGAUGAGCAUGUAGAACACCUAAAACAAGUUUUUGAAGUUCUUAGAAAACAACAAUUGUUUGCUAAUCUCAAAAAGUGUGCCUUUUGUGUGGAUCGUGUGGUAUUCUUGGGUUUUGUGGUCAGUUCUAAGGGAGUUGAGGUUGAUGAAGAGAAAAUCAAGGCAAUUAGAGAGUGGCCUAAACCUAAGAGUGUAACUGAGGUUAGAAGUUUUCAUGGGCUUGCUAGUUUUUAUAGGAGAUUUGUUAGAGAUUUUAGCACCAUUGCUGCUCCUCUAACUGAAGUUAUCAAGAAAGAUAAGGGUUUUACAUGGGGGAAAGACCAAGAUGAUGCUUUUAACUUGUUGAAAGAAAAAUUAUGUUCUGCUCCUCUUUUGCAAUUACCUAAUUUUUCUAAGUCUUUUGAGGUUGAAUGUGAUGCUUCUGGAAAAGGAAUAGGUGCUGUUUUAAUGCAGGAAUCCAAGCCUAUUGCAUACUUUAGUGAAAAGUUGAGUGGAGCUACAUUGAACUACUCAACUUAUGACAAAGAGCUCUAUGCUUUGGUAAAGGCUUUAGCUACUUGGCAGCAUUAUUUGUGGCCUAGAGAGUUUGUGGUUAAGACUGAUCAUGAAUCCUUGAGAUAUUUGAAGAGCCAAGGUAAGCUUAAUCGUAGGCAUGCAAAAUGGGUUGAAUUUAUUGAAACUUUCCCAUAUGUGAUUGCUUACAAGCAAGGAAAGGAGAAUGUGGUUGCUGAUGCACUGUCAAGAAGGUAUGUCUUAGUCUCUACUCUUACUUCUAAGCUGAUGGGUUUUGAUCAAAUCAAGGGCCUUUAUGCUAAUGAUUCUGAUUUUGGCAAGGUUUUUGCAGAAUGUAAGUUGGGUCCUUAUGAACGGUUUAAUCUUCAAGAUGGAUUUCUUUUUAAGGAAAAUAAAUUGUGUAUCCCUAAUUGCUCUUUGCGUGAAUUGUUUGUUAGGGAAGCACAUUGUGGUGGACUCAUGGGACACUUCGGAGUGCCCAAAACAUUGGAUAUACUUGCUGAACAUUUCUUUUGGCCAGGCAUGCGAAAGGAUGUUGAGAAAGUGUGCUCUCAAUGUCUUGAAUGUAAACAAGCCAAAUCGAAAGUGUUACCACAUGGUCUUUAUACUCCUUUACCUGUUCCCACUUCCCCUUGGCUUGAUAUUUCCAUGGAUUUUGUGUUAGGUUUGCCUAGAACUAAGCAUGGUAAGGACAGUAUAUUUGUGGUGGUAGAUAGAUUUUCAAAAAUGGCUCGCUUUAUUCCAUGUUUGAAGACUAAUGAUGCAUCACAUGUGGCUGAUCUGUUUGUAAAAGAAGUGGUUAAAUUACAUGGUAUACCUAAAACUAUUAUUAGUGAUAGGGAUGCUAAGUUUUUAAGUCACUUUUGGAGAGUUCUUUGGGGAAAGUUGGGAACUAAACUACUAUUUUCUACGUCUUGUCACCCGCAAACUGACGGGCAAACAGAAGUAGUUAAUAGGACUUUAGGGAAUAUGUUGAGGGCUGUUCUAAAAGGAAAAUUAACAUUUUGGGAAGAACAUUUGUCCAUGGUAGAGUUUGCCUAUAAUAGAACUGUCCAUUCUUCUACAGGUAAGUCUCCUUUUGAAGUUGUUUAUGGCUUUAAUCCCCUCACCCCCCUUGAUUUGCUGCCUUUGCCUACUGAUAAUAUUGUUAAUCUUGAUGGUAGGAAGAAGGCUGAAAUGAUGAAGAAGAUUCAUGAACAAACAAAGCUUGCAAUUGAGCGGAAGAAUGAGCAGACUGCCUUAAGGAGAAAUAAGGGGCGAAAAUCUGUUAUUUUUAAGCCCGGGGAUCAAGUAUGGGUGCAUUUCAGGAAGGAAAGGUUUCCUGCCAAAAGAAGAUCCAAACUAGACCCAAGAGGAGAUGGUCCAUUUGAAGUCCUUGAAAGGAUUGGAGACAAUGCUUACAAACUUGAUCUUCCUAGUGAGUAUCAAGUUAGUGCUACUUUCAAUGUUUCUGAUCUUUCCUUAUUUGAUGCAGGUUUAAAUUCGAGGACGAAUUCAUCUCAAGAAGAGGGGAAUGAUAGCAUCCAUGGUAGCUCAGAAUUAUUGAAGGACGUGGAUGAAGAUUUGGAAGUUCCAAGAAGACCCAUGACAAGAUCUCAAACGAGGAAAUUGCAAGACAUGCUUAAUGGGCUGCAAUCAACAAUUCAAAAGUGUCUUAUGAGGAAGAAGAGCUCCAGCCCAAUUCAGAUUUUUUCCUCAAGUCUUAUACUUAUUUGGAGGCCCAAAUUAAAGUCCAAAGUGAGAUGGAAUGAGCAAAGAAAAGAGAUAAAGAUCUUAUGUUGCCAAGAAGAUUCCACAAAAUUUUCAAGUGCUACAUCACAUGUAGACCAAGGUAGAGGAUCCUUUAAGGAAGCAACUUGUGGUAAAAUGGCUAAACCUAAUACUGUAUGUGCUUUAAAAGCCAUUGAAUGUGAAGGAAUUGUAGGUAAGAGUUAUGAUAAUUCAAUUUUUGAAUCUGUUGUUUCAUCACCUAUGGAUGAGAGUUAUGCUCCUUGUUUAGGUCACUCUUUAUUUGACUCUAGUGAUGCAGUUGUUGAUGAGAACUCAUUCAUGUCUAAUGUGUAUGCUAGUAAUCUUUUAUUUGUAGCAAUGGAAGGGGAUAUGACUAAUCUCAUUAGUCAAGGUCUUUGGGAGGUUGUGGCUACAUCCAUGGAUACCAAAAGAAAGGAAGAAGAUAAAAUAUUAAAAGAAAGAGAUGAAAAUGACUUUUACUGGUUACGAAAACUCUAUGAAGCAAUGAAGAAAGCAAAUGAUGAGUGGGAUGAAAGAAAGAAGAAACAACAUAAUUCCAAAAAAACAUCUUCAAACUAUCCUUCAUCUAAUGAGGGGGAGUUGAAGCACAAGGCGUAUGAAAAGAAGGACCAAAGGGACACAUCAAGUGCUUGUAGAAAAUCAAAAAUCAGAGUUGAUGUUAGAAGUCCUCCAAAAGAUAGUAGAGGAAUUCUUGGCAAGUAUGUGGGUGCUUAUGAUACUUCAAAUAACAUAUUCUUCCAAGGAAAGCAAGGGAGUGUUUCUUCAUCAGUUGGAUCCUUUUUCAAUUCAAAUAAAAGUGAGGAUGAGCGACAAAAGAAAGAGAGAAGUAAGGGUGAGAAACUUGACAACUCAAGAGAGGAAAAAGUAGAGGAAGUGAUGAAUGAAGAGAGUGAGUUGUCAAGAACUGGAAAUGAGUGGACAGAAUCGAGUGAAGUGCGUUUGGGAGGUAAAAUAGAGGGUGAACAAAAGCACUUGAGAGAUGAUAGAAAAGAAGUGCUUAAAAGAAAAGAGUGCAUAAGUGUGAAAGGAUCUUGUUCAAGCUCUAACCUUUUAACUCAUUCUUUUUCUAGUAUUUGUGCUCCAAAUGUGCAGGUUGUUGAAGAAGAACCCAUUGAAGUGUUGGAACAACAAUUGAAGGAAGAAUCUAGCUUCAAAUGGGAUUUGAAAGUAGCAAAGGCUGAUGAUUUGUGGAAACAAUUGCAAGUAGAAGACAAAGUUGAGCUUGAUGAUCUCAUGUGGUAUGACCUUAUCGAUGAUCUAUUUGUAGAUGCAAACAAAACUGAACUUGUACCACAAUUUGUUGAAUCAAGGGUUUUAGGUGAAGAUAUAACUCAAAUUGAGAGUGAACAUAACUUUUUUUGUUGUUCUUCUCACGUGAGCAGUCUGCCACAAUGUGGUGAACGUGGGAAACGAGAUAAUCUUUUAUCUCCUUUCAUGCAGAACAUUGAGGAUGAACUUUGUGUAAAGGAUGAUGACAGCUCACUUGAAGAAGACAAUCUCAUGGGUCAAGAGCUAAUGAAUUGUGUUUUUAGUUCUUGUGUUGGAAAUUACAUUGUUCUAUUAGAUGAUGAAAAUAUCAAGAUUCAAGGACAAGAAUAA